CCUACUAGUGUUUCUGUGCAAGACUAGCGUUCAAGUUUGUUCAGAAGUUGCACAAGAUCUAGGAGGAUGUCGACAACAAGCAGUGCCCAGAGUUUGGGUGACGUCAGGAGAAAGGCAAAAAAGGAUUCGUCUGUGAGAUCUGACCGACAGGAGAAACGCUACAGGUGUGAGGAGUGCAGCAAGCAGUUCAGUCAACUGUGUCAUCUGAAGACUCACUUGCGGACUCACACUGGGGAGAAACCCUACAAGUGUGAAGAGUGCAGCAGACAAUUCAGUCAGCUGAGUGAUUUGAAGAGACACAUGCGGACCCACACAGGGGAGAAACCCUACAGAUGUGAAAAGUGCGGUGGGCAGUUCAGUCAGCUGGGUAAUCUGAAUACUCACAUGCGGACUCACACAGGUGAGAAACCCUACAGGUGUGAGGAGUGCAGCAGGCAGUUCAGUCUUUUCCAUCAUCUGAAUACUCACAUGCGGACUCACACAGGUGAAAAACCUUACAUGUGUGAGAAGUGCAGCAGGCAGUUCAAUGAGCUGGGAAGUUUGCAGCAGCACAUGCGGACUCACACAGGAGAGAAACCCUACAGGUGUGAGGAGUGCAGCAUGCAGUUCAGUCAGCUGGGUCAUCUAAAGAAACACAUGCGGACUCACACCGGUGAGAAACCCUACAGAUGUGAGGAGUGCAGCCGGCAGUUCAAUGAGCUGAAUAGUCUGAAAAUCCACAUGCGCACUCACACCGGGGAGAAACCUUACAAAUGUGAAGAGUGCAGCAGGCAGUUUAGUGAUCUUCGUAAUCUGAAGACUCACAUGCGGACUCACACAGGUGAGAAACUGUACAGGUGUGAGGAGUGCAGCAGGCAGUUCAGUGAGCUGGGUGUACUGAAAAGACACAUUCGUACUCACACAAAGGAGAAACCCUACAGAUGUGAGGAGUGCAGUAGCCAGUUCAGUCGAUUGUAUUCUCUGAAGAUUCACAUGCGGAGUCACACGGGUGAGAAACCCUACAGGUGUGAGGAGUGCGGUGGGCAGUUCAGUCAGCUGGGUCAUCUAAAGAUUCAUAUGCGGACUCACACGGGUGAGAAACCCUACAGGUGUGAGGAGUGCAACAGGCAGUUCAAUGAGUUGGGUCAUCUGAAAACUCACAUGCGGACUCACACAGGAGAGAAACCUCAUAAUUGUGAAGAGUGCAGCAGGCAGUUUAGCAACCUGGGUCAUUUGAAGACUCACAUGCGGACUCACACAGGUGAAAAACCCUACAGAUGUGAGGAGUGCAGCAGACAGUUUAGUGAGCUGGGUCAUUUGAAGACUCACAUGCGGACUCACACAGGGGAGAAACCAUACAGGUGUGAGGAGUGCAGCAGACAGUUCAGUCAGCUGGGUGAUCUGAAGAUUCACAUGCGGACUCAUACAGGGGAGAAACCAUACAGGUGUGAGGAGUGUAGCAGGCAGUUCAGUAAGCUAGAUAGUCUGAAGAAACACAUGCGGACUCACACGGGAGAGAAA